AAGAAGACGGUUCAGACUUUACCGACCUAGCUAGCUAGCUAAACACCGGAGCAGUCAGCGGAGAAAAACCGUUAGUUGGCAGACAACCCGAGCAGUUAGUUUGUUCCUCAGAGAUGGACCGACACCAGAAACAACUCGAGGAGGUUUUAAAACCGAAAACGAUGCUGCGAGGAGAAGUUUUACCUUCAGAUGUCCAGAAAGUGAUUGUUGGUGAAGAACAUCAGCAGGAGUGGAGCUCCAGUCUGGACCAGGAGGAGCCAGAGCCCCUCCACAUUAAAGAGGAACAGGAGGAACUCCAGGCCAGUCAGGAUGAAGAGCAGCUUCAACGGCUGGAGGAGGCCGAUAUCACCAAGUUCUCAUUCACUCUGGUCCCUGUGAAGAGUGAAGAUGAUGAAGAGAACCCUCAGUUCUCACAGCUUCAUCAAAGACAAACUGAACAGAUGAAAAUAGAAGCUGUUGGAGAGGACUGUGGAGGACCAGAACCUGUGGAGGACCAGAAUCUGAACUCGGAUCCAGAUACACAUUUACAACCAGAUACCUACAAGACUAGAGACUCAUCUGAACCUGAGACUGAUGACAGUAAUGAUUGGAAGGAGACCGGAGAACCUCUUUCAGGUUUAAACUCUCUGAAUGGCAACAAAGUCCCUGUUAGUGAUCUGAAAGGUAGUACUGGUGAGAAAGAGUGUCUGAAAAGAUUUGGCACCAGUGGACGUCUGAAGACCCACAUGAGAUCUCAAACGGGAGAAAAACCAUUUAGCUGCUUAGUCUGUAACAAAGCUUUUACAGUGAAUGGAAGUUUACAAAAACACAUGAGAAUCCACACAGGAGAAAAACCGUUCAGCUGCUCAAUCUGUGAGAAGGCUUUUACAGAGAAUGGAUAUUUACAAACACACAUGAGAACCCACACAGGAGAGAAACCAUUUAGCUGCUCCGUCUGUAUGAAAGCUUUCGCAGUGAGUGGAAGUUUACAGAAACACAUGAGAAUCCACACAGGGGAGAAACCGUUUAGCUGCUCCAUCUGUCAGAAAGCCUUUAUACAACGUGGACAUUUACAGAAACACAUGAGAGGCCACACAGGAGAAAAACCAUUCAGCUGCUCAGUGUGUAACAAAGCUUUUACAGUGAAUGGACAUUUACAUAGACACAUGAGAAUUCACACGAGAGAGAAACCUUUCAGCUGUUCAUUCUGUGAGAAGGCUUUUACAGAGAGUGGACAUUUAAAGGCACACAUGAGAAUCCACACAGGAGAGAAACCAUUUAGCUGCAUUGUCUGUGAGAAAGCUUUUACAGUGAGUGGAAGUUUACAGAAACACAUGAGAAUCCACACAGGCGAGAAAUCGUACAGCUGCUCAGUCUGUAUGAAAACUUUUAUACAAAGUGCAAAUUUACAAGCACACAUGAGAAUCCACACAGGAAAGAAACCAUUUAGCUGCUCAGUCUGCGAGAAAGCUUUUACAGUGAGUGGACAUCUAGAUAGACACAUGAGAAUCCACACAGGCGAGAAACCGUUUAGCUGCUCAGUCUGUAAUAAAGCUUAUAGAGUGAGUGGACAUUUAAAGACACACAUGAGAACCCACACAGGAGAGAGGCCGUAUAGCUGCCCUCUCUGCGAGAAAACCUUUGCAGUAAGUGGAGUUUUACACAACCACAUGAGAAUCCACACAGGAGAGAAACAAUUUAGCUGCUCAGUCUGCAAGAAAGCUUUUACAGUGAGUGCACAUUUAGACAGACACAUGAGAAUCCACACAGGAGAGAAACCGUUUAGCUGUUCAGUCUGUAAGAAAGCUUUUAGAGUGAGUGAACAUUUAAAGACACACAUGAGAACCCACACAGGAGAGAGGCCGUAUAGCUGCCCUCUCUGCGAGAAAGCAUUUGCAGUAAGUGGAGUUUUACAUAAACACAUGAGAAUCCACACAGGAGAGAAACCAUAAAGCUGUCUGAAGUGGCGCUCUAGUCUUAAAGGAGAGCAGAGAACCUUAGUCAGGUUCAAACACUCGACAAAUGAAUGAAGUCUUUCAAAAUGAUGUGACGUGCCAUACUCUGUGGGUCUAGGUAACACUUUAUAAUAACCGUCACAAAAAAAUUGUAAAUUGAUAGCUAACACUAGUUACUAGAAUUGCCGUAAGUGGUCAUUUUGAGUGCCAGACCCCAAACUCUAUAAUCUGUCGUGGUAAAUACGUAAUUGUGAUAUUAAUGCAUUUAUUGUUUUAGGGUGUCUUUAAAAAA